AUCUAGCACAAAAACAAGCACCGUGUGCCGCUGGCUUUACACUGUGUUACAUUAAUAGCGUAAUUUGAACGCAAUUUACACUGCAAUUGAUUUGAAUUACGCAAAAUAUGAGUUUUAAAGGAGUUUUAUGGAGACAAUUAUCAAAUUGAUGUGUGUACAAAUUGACUUGUGUACAAAUUGAUUUGUGUACAAAUUGAUGUGUGUAUAAUUUUUUGUGUAAUCUUACAUUUCAUAACACGUUAUAACCUUCCUGUGACUUGUUCAAGAUAAUUUGUUUUUAAAAACUUUGUAAAUAUAAGAGAUGUAUCAUAAUACAAUUAGGAAAAUACCUGGCGAAAUACUGCCUCCUUCGAAAAAAGAAAGUCAAGGAUAUAUCGAUAAUUUAGGAAAGAAACAGAAGUUUAUAUUAGAGGAGCUUUUAGAAAGACAGAAGAAGAUACUUGCCAAUAAAAAUUUUAUCUGUAAGCUUCCUGAUAAAGGAGAGAAAAUUAUUAGAUUCCAUGAUAAAAUAUUGAAAGAACUUGAACAUAGAAAUGAAGUAGAAAAUGCAGCUAAUUUAUUAUCGCGUCUUAACAUAGCAUGUGAAGGUAAAGCUGCUAUGAGUAAAUUAGAAUGGACAGGCAAAUAUAAUGGAAAUGAAAUAACCAAUAUUACUGAAUUGGACAGUGACGAUGAAGAAGAUCCAUUAAAGAUACUAGCUCAGCCUACAGGAUCUGGUGUUCAUAAAAAGAAAAUUAUACGUGUGAUAACUGAAGAGAGUCUUAUCAAACCAGAGGACCUAACAGAAAUAGAAUCUUUCAAGAGAGAUCCUUCAAAUGUGGAACAUGUGAAAUAUAUUAUUGAUAAAGUAGAAAAAGCACAGCGGACCAAUAAGAAUAAGGAACCAUUUAGACCUUAUAAAACAACAAAAAGUGAUGUGCAUGAUCCAAUGAAAGAGAAACAAAGAAAGCAGCAUAAAAAUUGGGAAGUCACAGCAGCUACACCACCUCUUAUAGUUCAUGGAGCAGCAAAACUUUUGAAUCUUAAUGAAUCAUUGAAAUUGCAGAAGGAGCAAAUAGAAGAAAUUCAAAGCCAAAUACGCAGUAGAACGUUGGCUAAUUCAAUAGACUACACCAAAAUAGGCUCUGCACAAAAUGAUGGGAAUUAUCGUUUACAGCAUGCGAGUGAUUCCUCUUCUUCAGAGAUG